GGCCAGGUAGUCUACCGUCAUUCUUUUUUUUGCUGUCAGUUGUUAGAUUUCAUAGCACAGAUUUUUCUUUCUUGAUUUGUUUACAAUUCACACAAAAUAAAUAAAUUAAUAAAACCAUCAAAAUGAAUCCAUUAACAAAUAUGAAAAACGUCCUUAAACUAAGCGAACGCGACUUGCAACGCGGUGGCAAAUCAUCUUGGCACGAUAUGUAUCGAGAUUCCGCCUGGGUCUUUGUUGGCGGAAUGCCAUUCGAUCUAAGCGAAGGCGAUAUACUUGCAGUCUUCUCUCAAUAUGGAGAAAUUGUAAAUAUUAAUCUUGUCCGUGACAAAAUCUCGGGCAAAUCAAAAGGUUUUUGUUUUAUCUGCUACGAAGAUCAACGUUCAACAAUCUUAGCUGUGGAUAAUUUGAAUGGAGUCAAGAUCCUAAAUAGAUCACUUCGAGUGGAUCAUGUUUCCGACUAUAAACCACCAAAGGAAAACGACAAAACCGAUGAAGAAACUCGACGUUUGUACAUGGAAGGAUGUGCACCGAAACCUCAAAUUUCUGAAGAAAACAUUAAACGUGAAAGUGAUAGAACGAACUCAGGUUCCGUGUCAGAAAUACGAAAAGAAUCCAAAGUUAAAGUUAAAAAAGAGAAGAAGAAAAAAUCAAAGAAAGAAAAGAAAUCCAAAAAGGAGAAAAAAUCUAAGAAAAAGAAAAAACAAGUACAGUCCAGCUCUUCGGAGGAGAGUUCAUCUGAAGAUGAAUCAUCCUCAGAAAGUAAACCCGACCGAGAAGAAACAAGACCCCGAAGCAGAAGUCCUUCGAAAAAGCACCAUGAAGGUAGAUCAGGUGAUCGAAAUAGAAGUGACGACAGACGCGAUAGGCACAGGAGCCGUAGUCGCAGUCGUGAUCGUGACCGCAGCAAUCAUCAACGACGGCGUCGAAGUAGAUCUCGAUAAUUUCUUUUUGUUAAUAAAAUGUCAUAAAAAAUGUAACUAUUUUAAUUUAAAGUUGUUAAAUUUUCAAAAACAAACAAAGGUAUAAAAACCAAGAACUAAGUUGGUAGCUCAAGAAA